AUGCGGCGGUUUAUGACUAGCCACCUUGCACGUGCCUGUCCCGUGUUCUCGACCCGAGACCCCUGCUUACUUGUGAUCGUGCCCUUUGUACUGGAGGGCGAGGUUUCGGUCAUCAGCAGCCGCACUAUCGUCGCGUUUCUGGACUGGCAUGAGACUUAUGUGCGGGCAGCGAAGCACACAGACGAGAGCCUGAGUGCGUUCGACACUGCCACACAAAGGCGAUUCGACGGGGGGGGGCUUCCCCGAGAGUACUCUGCUGCAGUUUACGAGAACGCGCACAUCCGCACCUGCAAGAGGCCGUAUCGGGCAUCCAACCACCGGGACCUGCGGCGGGUGAUCGCACAGCACAACACCAUUCAAGCGCUUAUGACCCGCCUCCCUACCAACCUCGAGGGAGAUCGGAAGUACAACACGGCGUUGCGCUGGGCCAUAGCUGCUGGUGUGCCCCAGCUGUGCCGCCAGCACUCUAGGAUGCACAGCGCGAUCAGUGACAGGGAGCAGGCGCCACUGGACCUGUAUGCGACAUACGACGCCGCGAUCCCUGGAGGCAUCGGGCCCUAUGCUUACCUGGCAAGACUCUACGGCUACAUCGCUUUCCCAGCAUGGGUCCACACCGCACUCGCCCUCCCCGCCAGCGAGAUGGACUACACCCUAAUCAGGCCCCACUACGCCCGAGCAUCCGCCUCGCACCAUGGCGUACCUGCGUUCUCAUUCAUUGAGUAUGAGAACGGGAGCGGGGAGACGGUGUAUGGCCGCGUGCACCUCCUUCUGACGCUGACGAAUAACAGCGAGGACGCUGACCCCGCGGGAGAGGAGGUGGCAUUUGUGAGGCAGUGGUACCCCUCACAGGUGGACGAGUGCACGGGGUGCAUGAGGAUGCGUCCGUCCGACGACGAGCUAAGCUAUGACUUUGUGCCGGUCAUAGCUGUGCAGAGGACCGUGCACAUGUCCGCCGGUUCCGCCGGCGGUCAUAGCGGAGGUCCUGGCGUAAUUUUCGGCGGUCCCGGCGGUCGCGGCGGUUCCGGCGGUCCUGGCAGGCCUGACGGAAAGCCGCCGCACGGUCCUCCGCUGAACCUAACGGCCGUCGGGAAUCUGACGGCCGAUGUUGGCGCGCAGCUCGCCAACUGCACCGUGGAUCAGAAGACCCUUAGCGGCAGCUUCCACCUCGCCGUCUUCAAGAACGCGAGCGGAAAUUACAAUCUUCUGGUCGAGGCGGUGCUGGUGGACGCGGCGGGCGGUCCGCCCGACUCGUUGGCGAUGGUGAAGGGCGCUGUGUGCGACGCCGCCGCGACGGUCGUGCUCGCGCUGCCACUCGCCGCGGCGGACUGGCAGCAGCGCGCGGGGUGCGGCGGCGGCGGGCGCAACGGCGGAGGCAGCGCGGGGGGCGCACGGAACGGGCAGGGCGGGAGGCGCAUGGGGCGGGAGCUGCUGAUGCGCGCAUUCGGCCGCGCUGCCAGGCCGGGGGGUCAGAAGGAGGGGGGGCAGCAGCAGGGGGGACAGCAGCAGGGGGGAGCACAGCAGGCGCCUGCAGUGAGCGGGUAUGCUGUGCUGGCGGGCAUCAACGCAGCAGGUGUGACGUGGGGCGGGCAGCUCAUGGGCGCCAAGAUGCCCGCCGCUUCUGCCGCUGGUGGUGCUUGA